GACGCCGUUAGUAAUUCGCGGAACGCGACGUGUACAUACGUGAAUGUUCUCGGCGCUCAGGCAUGGAAUCGCUACACAGCUGCCAUCUAGUCUUUGCCCAUCAAUUUCAAAUACAAUUUAACCACCAGUUAUUCGCAAAUGUCGAACCCGAAGAAACAAUAUAAGAAGCCGCCGCCCACCUUCGGCAACACGAAAAUGCUCAACACGUCAGGAUUUGUACGAUGUCAUAUAGCAGUUUCAAAAUUAAUUUUUAAUUAUUUAUAUUAUAAAUUCAAAUAGCAUGAUUAAAUAAAUUAAAUUAUUGCAAAUAACAAAACAAUUAUAGUACAAUAUAAAUAAAAAAUUAAUAUUUGUACAUUGCAUAUUUGUCAGUAAAACAUGUAAAAAUUGAAUCGUAUUGAAGAUCUCAUUCUGAGAAAAUAUUCAAUAUUAUAUUACAGAUGUCCGAAGAAAGAGUUAGAUUUGAAAACAAAGCAGAAGAAAAAAAGGGGUCGCAAGCCGCUAUUCCAACCACAAAUGGCAGCUUUUUUGUGACUCUUUUUCUUUUGCUUUGCUUUCAAAUCUAACUAUUUCUUUGGAUCAUCUGUAAUAUUGGAACGACGCCAUCGUAUUUAUUCUUCAUCAUCAUUAACUAAGGCUGCGUUCUGAUAUUCACUGCCAGUACUGAAAAUAGUUUCAUAUAUAUAUACUGUAGAUUUUCAGUAUUGACAUUCAGUAUUGAAUAAAUAUCGGAACGCAGCCUAAGUCAACUGCACGUGCAGAAAAGAAAAAAAAAUUAUUGCGGAAAUGGACAAAAAUAAUAAAAGGGAGAUAACAAAAGCAACAAAAAAGCGGUUACUAGCUAAGGUAAAAAAAACUGCUGAAACGAAACCAAAAGCAACAACCGGAAAAAAUCUGUAAAUGAUCGAAUCGAAUUGAAUGUAAACAAAUUCAAUUUUGUCGUUUGAAGAUUUUUUUUCAGUAGAAGCGAUCACAUUGAGUGUCGUCAAAUCAACAUGCGACUUUGGAUAUCCAGAAAAAGCGAGCAAACACAUUACAACGCGUAGAGAGCUAGCAUACGCAAUUAUGCGUGACGUUAUGCAAACACACGUUUUGCUAAUUUUAUGUGGAUAGCGAUAAAGCAUAGAUGACGCAUUUAAUGUUAAAUGACAGUUCAGUUUUUAAAUUAUUGUUGUAAGGAAGUAACUUAGACAAAAUAUAAUUACUUUUUAGAUGACCCAACAUACAAUGUUUAUAAAAAAUUUGUCAAUCAAACAUUUAUAAUAAUUUGAAUAUUUUAUAAAUAUUUGUGAAAUCUAUCUAUUAAGUAAUCUAAUCUAAUCUUUUUAUAUAUUGUUGCGCUACAUAUUUCACAACAAUGUAUAACAAAUCAUAUGUCAUGAUAUCAUUGCUUUUUGGUAUGGAAAAAGUCAGUGAAUAUAUUUUGUGAAAUAACAUUGACGUUGUCAUUUUGUUUUUUUAUUUUUUUUGUGUAACUUUUUAGUAAAGCUUCUAUGGAUAAACAAUACUUUUGGUUUUAUUCUAUUCUAUUUUAUAAUUUCUGUGAUCAAAAUCUGUAGAUCUUUCAUGAAACUUAAAUUCGUUACACACUAUGAGUAAAUGUGUAUGUUAAACAAGAAAGAGAAAGGAGGAGGAAAGUAUGAAUGGCAUUUGGCUCCCGCACAAAACAAACGGUUUUACUGAAAUAAUUAAAAAUUUAACAGGAUACAAAUUUAAAUAUAAUUGCAGUAUUAAAAUAAUUAUAUGUAGAAUAGUUAAGCAUGACAAGCAACGUUCCAAAAAGUUUUGACAUUUUGCUAACUAAUUUUAUCCUACGUAAUUACUUUGUUGUACACAACAAAAUUAUUUUCAAAUUGUAGCAAGCUAAAUUUUUAAACAUUACAGCCGCAGAACCGUUUUUUUCGUGCAAGGUGGUUUUCGUAUCAGGUAAACGCAUCAUCGCGGGGGAUUUCUCCGGUUCCCCACUCAGAAUAGCUUCCGUAGACGGAAAUAAAUCUCGCCCCACCUAGUAAAAUUUCCACACCCGCGCACACAUGGCAUGCAAAUCUCAUAAUUUUCCACAAGAGGCAAAGUUGUUUACGUGCCUGACGAUAAUAACAGAUCAUUAAUGUGAAUCCCUUUUAUAUAAUUUGCGUCAUCGUAAAAAAGAAAUUCCACCUCCAGCGGAGGGACCGCGAAUCUUAUCGUUGAACAAACGUGAGAUGGACUGCGAUCAUAUUCAAGCAAUGCUUAUCACAGUACCUCGGACCGCUUAUAAGUAGUUAAGCAGUUUCACUUCUCCGGACAGCCGCAUUACGCGCGGAGGCUUUGUUACUUCAGAUUCGUGUCAGUAUCGGAAGUAUCAAGCUCGCAAACAUGUCCCCCGGCGAUUUCAACGAAAUUAAGGUCUUCGACGACACGGCGGACAACAUGGACGUUAUCAAAACUUUAAUUGGCAUGACAACCCAGGAAGACGCUUUCUACAUUGUGGAUAUUGGUGAUAUCAUUAACAAACAUCGCGAGUGGGUUACCAAAAUUCCGAGAGUUACUCCUCAUUACGCGGUUAAAUGCAAUCCUGACCCUAAUGUAAUUAAAAUACUGGCAGCUUUAAAUACUGGCUUUGACUGCGCGUCCGAGCAAGAAAUCAGGCAAGUGAUGCAGUACGGUGUACAAGCCGACCGGAUCAUAUUCGCGAAUCCGUACAAAACUCCGUCUCAUAUCAAGUAUGCCAAGAAAAUGAACGUUGACCAAAUAACCGCCGAUAGCGAAUUAGAACUUUUGAAAAUAAAGGAUCUUUACCCUGAGGCCAAGAUAGUAAUACGUAUACGAUGCGACGCGAAGAACUCGGAUUGCGAUCUCGGGUUGAAGUUCGGCUGCGAACCGGAUGAGGAUGCUGUGCGGCUAAUACAACUUACGAGGGACCUCGGUCUCACCUUGCACGGCUUUAGUUUUCACCCUGGUAGCCCGUGUGGCGAACUGAAAGCAUAUAGCAGGGGCAUUGGAAUUUGCAGACAAUUGAUCGCGAUCGCCAAAUCGUUGGGCUGCAAAGAUGUGCAAAUGAUCGAUAUCGGUGGCGGCUUUCCCGGUCAGAGAGGAACGAAUAUCGACAAGCUUGCCAAUAUUAUUAACGACGCAAUCCAAGAUCUCGAUCCUAGCAUAAAAGUUAUCAGCGAGCCCGGAAGAUACUACGUUGACUCGGCUUUUACCCUAGCCUCUUACUUACACUCCAAGAAGACCGUUUUCAAAAACGGCAACUUUAUGAGGAUGUAUUACGCGAAUGUCGGCACGUACAAUUCGUUUCUAGAUGAAAUAGUGGGCAUCAAAGCUAGAGUGCCACAACCUCUUUUUGAGCCGAUAAGCGACGAGAAAUUUCCUGCGACCUUAUGGGGACCAACUUGCGAUUCGUACGAUGUAAUUGUUAAAGAUGUAUUAUUGCCGGAAUUUCACAUCGGUGAUUGGCUGGUUUGGGAAGACGUAGGUUCUUACACUUUAUGUCUGUGUACCGCGUUCAAUGGAUUUCCAGCUCCACAGGUCAUACCGUUUAUUAGAAAAAGCCAAUGGAAAAAUUUAGCGAUGGAGAUCAAACUGAUGCAAAGAUCCAUAGAGUGGUCCAAGCCAAUCGAAAGAGAACAUUAUAUUGAAAAUCGCUGACAAAUUGAAUUAGUAAUUAAAAUUAAGAUAAUAUACGAGUUCUUUGUAAGUUAAGUUAGACCUUUUAUGUUGUGAUAAUUACUACAUACUAUCUCAAUAUAUAUCUCAAUAUAUCUAUAUAAUCUCUUUUAUUAUAUAAAUGUAAAUAUAUUGAUGAUUGUGGAUCUUUCGUUAAUAGUAACAGAUAAUAUUAUUAACAAUAUUAUCUUUAUGAUUUUUGUAAUAUGAAAGUAAGUUUUUUUUCAUGUAUAUAAUUAUAUAAAUAGCAUGUUAGAUGAUGUUAAUUUAAGAUGUAAUGUUAAGUUUUAAAUUAUUUUUAUGAAAAGAAAAAUACAAAAUGUUAUAUAAAAGAAUGAAAUAUUUUAUGAAAGAGUUUAAAAUAAAAGAGUUUUUUAUUACAUGUUGUUAUAAUUAACUAAUGAUUAUCAGAAUUUGCCUAAUUGUUUUAAAGUAAAAGUAUUUUUCAUUGAUCUUUAUCAAUACGUUUUCAAUUAGAAUGAUUAUAUCUUGCAUUUACAUCUCGAGAUAGAAAAUUAACAAAUAACAAAAUACUUGAAUAAAAAGUAAUCCUAGGAGAAAGAUAUCUUCAAAUACAGAAAAUAAGUAUGUCUUAAUUUAUAUAUCUUGUUCUCUCUCUUUCGAAAAUAAACAAUCUGCAGUUUAUAUUAGAAAAAUUAUUUAUUUAUCACUUAUAAUAGCAUGCUAAUCUUAAUUUGUAAAAAAUCU